UUUUUUUGUCAUUUUGUUUGUUUUCUAAAAAGGUUUCAUUCCUCUGUGUAAACUGCUUUCGAUUUUGUGAAAAUCUGGAAAUAAUUGUCUUUUGCAAGUAUAAUGGAGAAGCUGAAGAAGAUAAUUCAAGCCAUGGUUAUUUCGAAUGCUGGCCGGCCCCUGACCGUUUCCCAACUAAACCGCGAUUUCAAGGAAUUUGAAGGUUAUGAUAUACCUUAUGAGAAACACGGCUUUCGACAGCUUGAUGCUAUGCUGCAGUCUAUGUCUGAUGCCGUGCAGAUUAAUGGACAAGGUCCUUCUGCACAGCUACUGCCAGUUUUAACAAAAAAUUCCAAGCACAUCCGAGAGAUGGUUGAAAAGCAAAAGAAUAAGAACGGAAAACGCAAAGUUCAGUAUGCUUACUAUACACAUAAAAAACGAAGAAUUGACGUCGACUAUCAGGCCCCUAAAAAAGCUCCCGAACCUGUGGCAAAGUCUAGGGAGACGCAAAGCCAAAAGCAGGACACUCAAAACGUCAAUUCAGCUAAAAACAGAUGGGACCAACAAUUUGACUGUGCCCCAAUCAGCACGAAAUGCGAUUCGUCAAAGUGGACGCGUUCCAACUUUACCCAACUAUCGGAUGAAAAAACAAACCAAAAGCAGAUUACUCAAAAGGUCCUGUAUGUAGUCUCUAACAGUAUAACCGAAAACCCAAUUAAAACGUCGACAGGAUAUGGCAAUUAUGCCACAGCUGACGAAAACAACAAUCGAAAUCAUCGGAAUUACUAUGGUACCACAGGCUAUUGUGGAUAUAGUCAGAACAGAUACAAUACACAGCAAAACUACGGAAAUAGCUAUGGAACGUACAAUACAAAUAAUGGCGUAUGUAAUUCUGGAUAUACUCCGUAUGGUGUGGGCUAUUUUAGUAAUUCAAAUGCAUACCAGAACAGUGGAAAUUCUGGAAAUAACUAUUAUGUAGGAGGAAACCCUUACAACACCUACAAUGCUUCGAGAAAUCCCACCCAAACAAGGAAUGGGUAUAAGACAAGAAACAAUUCAAUAGAUAGCCAAUUGCAUACGUACUGUAUGCAUUUGCUCAACUAUUUCAAUGAAUCCGCUGAACCAUACCAAACCAUCAUCAACACACUGGAACAAUAUUCCCCGACAUCUUCACAAGGAUUGGCCGGGACAACGACAAAAUAUGAGCUUCUCAUAUCUCUCACACGAACCGUCACACAACUCCAACAAAUACACAAUCUUUUGAUAUACUCUCCUUUCUAAGCCGGUUGGGAUCCUUAAGCAUGAUUUACUCACAUUGAAACACAACUGAAUUGCAGACAAACCGACGAGGUGCAAGAACAGUGAUAGCAAUGCGGCCUGAAGUUUUCCACUUCUUUUGCAUCGUCAUGUGAAAGCAUUAGUUUCAUUUUAUGUUAUUGUAAUAAUUAUUUGAUAGAACUUUCUUAUUAUAUUUGUUCUUGAGCUACUAAAGAACCACAUUCUGGGUGAUUUUGAGAGUCGCCUGCUUGAAUCAACUUCAAAGUUUUAUUUCAGGAAGGAAAUUAUAUCACAAGAGAAAAAGCUCGAUCAUUUUUUCUAUAAAUUUAUAUUGAAAGUGGCAACAAAACUUAAAGCGAAUUAGCGAAUCGAUUCAUUUUUCUAUUCGUGUUCAAUGAUCUCAUGUCGAGUAAUGAUCAUAUUAUGUAUCCGAUAGCGAACAGAAUGUCUGAAUUAUCCUUUAUGGCGAGAUACAUUCUAGCGAAGAUUACACCAUACAAAAUUGCAAUCAAAUGCCAUGUUUGCGAACAUGUUAAUUAACUAAUUAAGUUGUGAACUUUACUUGUAUUAAUGUUUUUGUUUUAUGAAAAAAUGCUGUUGAUUUGUGCGGCCUUAGGCUUAUAUAUUUCCAAAAAAGUAAAGAAAUAUUCGGAAAUAAUCAUUAUUAAAUUCGAAAUGGUAAAAAAUACACGUGUCAACCCAUAUCAAAGCGUAGGACGCGGUGCGUUGUUCUGGAAAUCUUAUUUCAUUGUACGUUUAUUGAUUUAUUUUUUCUUAAAGUUCAUAGAUCUGUCUGUUUUCACCAUACUUUUACGUUAGGUAUGAUAAAUAAAUUUUGAAUUCAAAUUAUGGCGAU